CGGUGUUGUGGUGGCGGCUGCGGCGGCAGCUGCAGCGGCAGUGGCGGCUGGAGGCCCGCCGUUGAGCUAGGCUGUCGCCGCGAGCGCUGCCUCGAGAGUUGCGGAGCUGCUGCUACCGCCGGCGCUUCAGCAGAGGAAAGACAGACGUAGCCGCGGCUCGGAGCUUCGAGGCUGAGGAGAGGGUAGGAGCCGCCCUGCCCGGGCCGCAGAAGGGCCCUCCUGCUGUGUGUUGGUGCUGAAUUAACGGCAUUCAUUGAUUAAAAUGGCUUCCUCUCCUGAUGCCGAGCUUUCUUUAUCGGAUUGCUUGUGCCAAAUAUGCACCGAUAUUCUAAUAGAACCGGUAACCCUGCCCUGUGGCCACACGCUUUGUAAUUCGUGUUUCCAAUUGACUGUGGAAAAGGCUAAUCUGUGCUGUCCUUUCUGUCGUCGGAGAGUCUCUUCCUGGGCCAGGCAACAUGCCCGUGAAAAUACCCUUAUCAAUAUGGAACUAUGGAAUAAAAUCCAAAAAAAUUAUCCAGAAAAAUGCAAACAUAGAACUACUGGACAGAGCUUGGAUGAUGAUGAUGAUGAUGGUGUUGAUGUAUAUAAGCCACUUCAUCUGCUAAGCCAGCCUGGGGAAUUGAGGCGUGAAUAUGAAGAAGAGAUUAGCAGAGUGGAAGCUGAACGAAGGGCCUAUGAGGAAGAAGAAAGCAAAGCAAGUGAAGAAUACAUUCAGAAAUUAUUAGCAGAGGAGGAAGAAGAGCAAAGGCGAGCAAAAGAGAGACAACGAGAAUUAGAAGAACAGAUGAAAAGAGAUGAAGAACUGGCCAGAGAAAUCAGCAUCAAUCUUAACAAACUGAGUGAGAGAAGUUUCUUUAGCUCUCCUUCAAAUACCAAGCAAUCGUCACCAGUCACCAACAAAUCACAAAAGAAGACAAACAACUUAAAUGUCUUUGGAAGUAUUCAAAAGUAUUUGUCGCCAAAGCCCCAGUUUGCCUCCAUACAAACAUCUCAACCUGAAUUUGCAGCAGAGGAUAAAUGGAAUUCUCUACCUAAGGAUGUUAGCAGCAACAAUGUGAAAAAUCCUGUGUGGCAAGAAGAUGAUGAUGAUGAAGAUAUGCCAACAUUGUCUCCACAAGCUUUCCUCGAGAGUCAGAGCAGAGUUGCAAAGGGUUCAAUUAUAGAUUCACCUAUGCCUCAUUUAAGUGCCUUUAGUGUAGAAGAAGACUGUCUUGAGAAAGAAACUAAAUCACAGAUUAGUAAUCCAAAUAAUGAACUUUUUUGUACAAAUCAUGAAGUGCAAACCAGAUUUCUGACUUCUGGUGAGGCUGUAGCCAAAAGUCCUGGAAAGCCAGAGAAUGGAUACACUUUAUCUAAUCUGGCAGAAAUAACCAAAAACAACGCUGUUGAUACAGAAAAUGAAGAUAGGAGUAUGCUAAUUGAUAAAGAAAUUCCCAAAAGGAAAGAUGAGGAAUUUCCUUCUGGAGUAGUCAGUGAUUCAAGUAGCUCAACUAAGAGAAGGAAACUCUGUAUGGGAACUUCUUCAGAACAAGAAGAGACAGACAGUAACAUUGCACAGAAACUGAUAGACUUGGAACACUUGCUCUUUGAAAGGCACAAGCAAGAAGAACAAGAUAGGUUAUUGGCCUUAGAGCUUCAGAGAGAGGUGGAUAAAGAGCAGAUGAAACUGAAUCGGCAGAAGGGGUCCCCAGAUGCAUAUCCUUUGCGCACUAAAGUCUCCUCACAUCCGGAUGACUCCCCAAAUGACUGGAGAAGACAUUCCAAGGAAAAGAACUGCAAAAAACAACCUGAAACGGAGCUUUCAAAACCUCGAAGAAAUUCAAAAGAUGAAAACUGGCAGCCUUCUCCUCUGAUCCAAAAGAAAAUUUCAGCUAAUAAGAGAGGAAAGGCAUGCAACUCUUCCAAAAACACACAUUCUCUACGGCCUAGUAAUACUCAAAAAAGUAUUUUUCAGAUGUUUCAUCAAGCUGCAAAAUAAUUAUUGGGGAGGGGUAAGGAAUAAAGGAGUAAGAAACAAUUUUAAUGCUUGUAUAUUCAAUACUACUCCUAUUGGUAAGUGCUUUUUAGUGCGAUUUGUUUUGCAGGUGUACCUAUUAUCUAUAGUUUCCCUGUCAGAAAUCUGAUUACAAGAAAAGGUAAGAGAAGGUGCUGGUGUAAAACUUUUCAAACUUCUGGCAUUCAACAAAAAAAUUGGUUUUCUUUGUGGACAGUAACCAGAGUACAUUGAGAUGGAAAGGGGGGUGCCAUUGACUUGGAGGUGCUUUAGACGAUCUCCAUGAAAUCUUUAAAAAUAAAUAUUGGAACUUAAACACGCACACACACACAAUGUGGUUAAUACUCAUUUGUUUAUUCAUUCCAUCUCAACAAAAAUAAAACAAAAACUUUUCUGUUCUCAGUCAUUUAAAAAAAUGAAGAUAGGUCUUGAUAGUGAAAGGAUGAAGGUAUUGACAUUCCCUGUCUCCUUGCUACUUUCCAAAAUAUGUUUAAAGAAGCACUUAAAAGGUAGUCAUUUCUUAUCAUUAAAUAAUAUAAAUUACAACUCAUCUUCCUAAUUAAGUUUGUAAAAGUACAUUAAAAUUUGUUUUUCUAGAAUGAAUCAAAAUCAGUGUUAAUCCAGGGAAAGAAAAAUCUAAUUUUUGGAAAACUGAAAAUGGGGUCCUGAGAAGGAAAGCAGCUACAACUUUGAAGCAAAAAUAGUCCAAGAGUUAAAGUGAGGCUAAAUAGAUUAACCAUAACGGAGAGGGCACUGUGUAGCUGAACAAAUAAAAUUCAGAUAGAUUGGCAACUAGAUUGGUUAACAAGAUAUCCUUUGCUCUAUGUUGUUUUUGUUGGUUUUCCCUAAGAAUCAGCUUAACAUCUAGGUUUCUGAUUGUUUAAAAUAAACCUACAAAGUAAUUUUUUUUUAUUGUUAUUAUUUUAUCAGGUAGUCAGUUUGAUUUUGGAAGCUCGAGUUUCUGUUGAAAUUGCUACUUUGAAAAAAAUUUUUAUGGUUUUUUUUUUUUUUUUAAGCUGCUAAGACAAUGUCAUAGAAUCAAGAACUUUAGUGCUAGGAUAAUAUUGAUUGAAAGACACCAAGUGUCUUUCCUAUUUGUUAUAAAACACAUUCUGUUGUGAUUUUUACAUGAAAGAUUAAAAAUUUGAGAAAAAAUGUGCUUAUUGUCUACCUGUUAAGAUCAUGUUUUAAGUGGCUUCAUUUAAUCUCUGUUAUCGUUUACCAUUGUUAGCAUAACAAAAACUUAAAAUGACUGUUCAAUGUCCAAAGGUUGAUUUUUCCCCCCCCCUCAUUGUUAGGGGAACUUGAGAAAUUUUAUAAAUGGAAAUUUUUGUCCAAUUAGCAUUUAUACUUGAUGAUAUGUAUGUUGAUUUGAAAAGUAGCUCAAACUUAUUAAAGUGUUUUUUUUUUUUUUAAGUCAACCAAAUUAAAGCCUAUUAACCCUAAUCCUGACACAAAUUCAUUUUAUUUGCCUUAAGGUAGUUAAGUGGUUUAGUCGAUAGCAUUAAAAAUUAGAAUCAAAUCGGUCUACACUAGAUUACUCCUGCUUAUAUUCCAAAUAGAUGUUUAUGAAGUAGUUUACAUUUUGAUUACAUAGAAUUGGAAUUCAUUUUGUAAAUUGAUUAUUUAAAACUUGAAACAAUUGCCUGUGAAAACAAUAUUAUAAAUUUUGAUUAAAUUCCUUGGCUAUUCCACAGAAGUUUAUUUUUAACUUCUAGCAUGGUGGGACUUAAGAUGCAGGAGAGGUAGAAUAGCAAGAAAGUUUUGAUCUUCUAUUAACAGAAGACUGGCCCAAGGAAAACCUUGAAAUAUUAUUUCUUUGAUACUCUUAUCUUAUUUCUAUAUCUUUUUCUAUCAUUGCUCUAAGUCUAUAUGAGAUGCCAGCAGAACCUAGUUGUCUUCUUCAAAGUAAAUAUAAUCCCUGUCUCUCCACUUGAAAGACUUUGUUAACCUAAUACAGGUGAUGUGUUAAUUAAAUGUCAUAAAGAAAGGUCUAAUUAUUAUGAAUAGAAGAUACAGGUAAUUGAAUUGGCCUUCCCAAAAGUGUACACCCAGAAGUGUCUUAAUUUUUUUGUGGAAAACUCAGAGAAAUCUGUUUCACUAGGAUUAUUGGUAUCUGUUUAAGUAGGCCAGACUUGCCCUAGAUUCUGCCUUCAAAAUCAAUUUCUCUAUAUUACUCUUGCUUUCCAAAGGACUUUCCAUACAGUUUUACAGUUUUCCAAUCCAGAGUUUUCUAGAGAGUGUUGAAUUUUUUCAUAAUGCUAGGAAGGAGUCUGGGAAUAAAGAAUAGUAUAUGUGUUUGUCAAAUCAAAGACUAUAUAUUUGUGUUAUUAUAUGCUUUCUGUAAAUGUUAUGUAAAAUUUAAGAAAUAGCCAUAUUCAUCUCUUAGGUUGCCUACCCUUACUGCCAAAUGGAAUCUAUUUAGAAUGGAUAAGUCAUUAAAGAUCAACUUCCUAUUUAAAUGCCUAGAUUUAUUUAUUACAAAACAGACACAAUGUCAGAUUUAGUAGUUCAAAUGUGUUAAUUCUUUGUGACUUCAUUUGGAGUUUUCUUGGUAAAGACACUAGAGCGGUUUGCCAUUUCCUUCUCUAGCGUGUUUACAGAUGAGGAAACUGAGACAAACAAGGUUAAGUUAUUUGCCCAGGAUCACACAGCUAGUAACUUGAGGCUUGAAUUAAACUUAAUUUGUGAGUCUUCCUCAUUCCAGGCCUGGCACACCUAACUAUGUGGCAUACUGGGCAUAUAAUCCUUCUUUGCUAAAUAUUAUCAAAUAUCUCAAGCUGCCAUUUUCCAUACUCUUAUCCAAUAUCAUGGGUAUACUUGGUUUGAGGAAUUUAUUCAAUAGUGUCUAUAACUUUUUUUAAUUUAUUUAUUUUUAAACACAUUGCUUUAUGAAUCCUGUUGGGAGAGAAAAAUUCAGAACAAAAGGAAAAAUCAUGGGAGAGGAAAAAAAAAUACAGAAAAACAUGAACAUAUCAUAUGUUGAUUUACAUCUUUUCUCCAUAGUUCUUUUUUCUGGAUGCAGUGUCCAAAGUCUGGUUGGGAUUACUUUGGAUCACGGAACCAUGAGAAGAACUAAGGUUUUCAUAGUUGGAUUAUCACACAAUCUUGCUGUUAUUGUGUACAAUGUAUUUCUGGUUCUGUUUGUUUUGCUCAGCAGUGUGUCUAGCACUUUUUAUAUAUUACUUUUAUAUUUGACUUUUGAGAUAUUUAGAAAGUGUAGUGUAAAGAAAACCCUGUUGUAUACAUUUUCUCAUUUGAUGCGCAUGCCAUGUAAGUUUAGAAGGACCUUUGGAGGUCAUGUCAAAUUCCUGUCCCCCUCCUCCCCUCAUCACUUUUUUAAAAAUUGGGGGGUGGGGAUGGACUGGCCAGGUAAGGCUGUAACUGGCUGGGAAGAGCCAGGGUUUUGAUUUGUUGCAGGACAGCUUAUAUCUUUUCUAUGUUGCUUGUUAGCUACCAGAGUGAGAAGGGUGAAAAUAUUUUGAGAUAUCAGCAUUUACAUAGUAGAAUAAUAAGCUAGAUAACUAACUAUAUACAUUUAGUGGGAUUUUUUCAUGCCUUUGGUCCUCUGCAUUUCUAUAUGAGAAAAUAAGUUACCCUGGACUGGCAUACAAUAAAGAAUUUCCUUUGUGAAGAUUACAAAAAUGUAAAGAAUUUGCAAACAUACUAAGACUCAGUUUGAACUGAUUAUUGCUAUGGAGAUAGUGAUAGAAAUACAUUCCAUUAUCAAGUGAAAUAAAAAUGGGAAAAUGACUAUUGAGUACCAUCAAAUCUGAGAGGAAAAAUGUAGUGUGGGCUUGACUAGAUGGGACAUUAGAAAUCCUUUUUGCUCUGUCAUGAUAAUGCCGCCUUUUCAGUUAUCCCCAAACUGGGAACAACAAAGCAACACAACUGUUGGAACAGUUGUCAUCUAUAACUGUAUUGUACCUAUAUUCUGCCUUCUGCCUCCAUGACAUUAUUAUUCUAUUGUUAAUUAGGCCCUUUUAUCUUGGAUACUUUCUUAUAUGCUUGCUGUUUUCUAGUGCUUUCAGAAAACUUGUUUUCUUGAGAAGAUACCUCAUCCAUUCCUACCCUCUGUAAUAUAAAUUAUUUCUUUUAAGCCUUCCUAGCAAAAGGAAUAGGCAAUUUUCGAAGGAAGAAGUGCAACAAAUUAUUUGGUCAUUUUAGUCUUGUCCUCUUUGGGAUCCUAUUUGGGUUACUGGGACUCCAUUUAGGAUAUUGGAAUGAUUUCCCAUUUCUUUCUUCAGCUCAUAUAAGGAAACUGAAAAUAAAGUUAUGACUGGCCCAGGAUCACACAACUAACUGAGGCCAGAUUUGAAUUUACAAAGAUGUUUUCCUGCCUUCAGGCCUGGCAUUCCAUCUGCUGGGUCAUCUAGCUGUUCUGCCAUAUGAAAAAAGGUCCAAGUUAACUGGGAUGAAAUGCAAAUUAAAGCAACUUGAGUUCCCCCUUACAUAUCAGAAUUGUAAAGAUUUCCGGACAGAUGUUGAGACUACUCUAGAAAAAGUCACAUUCUGUUGAAAACUAUCUUUGCAUGUAUUUUGAAAAAUAAAAAAAAAAUAAAAUUAGUCGUUAAUAUACUUGUGGUGGAGCUGUGAAUUGGUCUCCACAGUUGAGAAAGCAUUUUGGAAUGAUGCCCCAAAAGUAAAGUGCAUACCCUUUGGCCCAGCAGUAGUAUGAAGGAAUCGGAAAAAGGACCCACAGUUACAAAAACAGCAGCUUUUUUUAGUGGUGAAGAACUGGAUACUAAGGGUGACAAGGAAUUGGAAAAUGAGUAAAUUGUUGUAUAUAAAUAAUAGAGGAUACUCCAUUGCAAAAAAUAGUGAUAUAUUUAUGAAUCAGUGUGAAGUACAGUGAACAGAAUAACACUGGAAAAUUGGGCAGCGGAAAGAGUGAAAUGUGGAGGUGGGAGUAGAAAGGAAGUGAUCUUAGUGAAUGGCGGCUCCUCUAAGAGUAGGUCCUGCUGUGGAAACUUGUGUAUCAGGAAAGCUGAAAGGGGUAGUGCAGUGAUGGCAGUAAAAGAGGUGAUAAAAGAGAAAGGCAGUCACCCCCAGCAUAUAUUCUUGGGAAUGAAUUCUAUAGACUCCUACAAGCGACUUUUUGAAAAGAGGUGUCACAAAUUGACAUUGAAAUAGAAUAAAUACCUUGGUGGGAGGGGGAAGACUGGAGUAUUAUGUCCUGCAAUUUGACAUGGGAAAGGUUUUUAAGAACUAAAACCCAAUAAAUUUGGGUUUGGGCAGGUAAUCAAAGGGAAGUUCAUAUUAGUUUAAAUAAAACUAAGGAUGGGAUUCAAAAAGCUGGAUUUAUGCAUUCCUUUUAUCUUAGUAUCCCUAGUUUCCUUUUAAGCAUAGCUCAAAUGAUCUUUUCUACAUGAACCUUUUUUCCCCUUCAGCUUCUAGAGUUCUCUCUGGCUGUCCGUGUGCCUGGAACACUCUCUUUUUGGUCCAGCUUACUUUUUUUUAAGUCCCAACUACAACCCUACAGGAAGCUUCUGUAACCUUCCAGUGCCUCCCUUCUGUCAAUUAUUUCCUAUUUAUCCUAUAUAAAGCUUUUGUUGUUGUGCAAUUGUUUCUAACUGUGAUCCCAUUUGGGAGUUUUUGUGGCAAAGAUACUGAGGCAAACAGUUAAGUGACUUGUACAAGGUCACACAGCCUGUCAGUGUCUGAGGUCAAAUUUGAACUUGUGAAAAUGUCUUCCUGACUCCAGAUCCAGUACUCUGUCAUUGCAAUACCUAGUUGCCUAUAUAAAUCCUGUUUUGUAUUUUUUUUUCUGGGCAUGUUGUGUUCAAAUUAGAUUGUAAGCUCUCUGAGGGCAAGAAGUAUCUUUUGCUUCAUUUUGUAUCUUCAGUGCUUAACAGUGCCUGGCACAUAAUAGGCAUUUAAUAAAUGUUGACUAAUUUCUAUGCCCUAAUUGUUAUUAACUCCCUCCCUAAUUACUUUUUAGUUAUCUUGUAUAUGUGAUACAAUUAGUGUAUGUUUCCUUUACAGAAUGUUAAGUUGGUUGAGAGCAAGAACUUUCAUUUUUGAAUUCCUAUGGCCUAGCACAGUAUUUCUCACAUAGUGGGUGAUUAAUAAAUGUUUGUUAAUGGAUUGAUUUGAUUUUUUUUUUAACGAAAGAAUGAAAAUAUAGAGCUGAGUUGGAUAUGUUUGACUAUGGCCUACAGGAUAAUUCUUAAUGGGAAGGGAAAGUUAUACACAUUUCUCAGUAUUCGUUAUAAAAAUUGUAAAAACAAACAUUUGAACAUUUUUUUUCAUGUGUUGGAACAAAGAAAUCAUAAAUGUAAAAAAGCAGAUAUAAUAAAUACCUUUUGCAAACUGUU